AAUCCCCCGGGCUCGCCCUCGCCCUCCGCCGCCAAGAUGCCCAAAGGGAAGAAAGCCAAGGGCAAGAAGGUGGCCCCGGCCCCCGCCGUGGUCAAGAAGCAGGAGGCCAAGAAGGUGGUGAACCCGCUGUUCGAGAAGAGGCCCAAGAACUUCGGCAUCGGACAGGACAUCCAGCCCAAGAGGGACCUCACGCGCUUCGUCAAGUGGCCGCGCUACAUCCGCCUGCAGCGGCAGCGCGCCAUCCUCUACAAGCGGCUCAAGGUGCCGCCGGCCAUCAACCAGUUCACGCAGGCGCUGGACCGGCAGACGGCCACGCAGCUGCUCAAGUUGGCCCAUAAGUACCGGCCGGAGACGAAGCAAGAGAAGAAGCAGCGGCUGCUGGCCCGCGCCGAGAAGAAGGCGGCCGGCAAGGGGGACGUGCCGACCAAGCGGCCGCCGGUGCUGCGGGCAGGGGUCAACACGGUGACCACGCUGGUGGAGAACAAGAAGGCACAGCUGGUGGUGAUCGCCCACGACGUGGACCCCAUCGAGCUCGUCGUCUUCCUGCCCGCCCUGUGCCGCAAGAUGGGCGUCCCCUACUGCAUCAUCAAAGGCAAGGCCCGCCUCGGCCGCCUGGUCCACCGCAAGACCUGCACCACCGUGGCCUUCACGCAGGUCAACGCGGAGGACAAGGGUGCCCUGGCCAAGCUGGUGGAAGCCAUCCGGACCAACUACAACGACCGCUACGACGAGAUCCGCCGUCACUGGGGAGGCAACGUGCUGGGCCCCAAGUCGGUGGCCCGCAUCGCCAAGCUGGAGAAGGCCAAGGCCAAGGAGCUGGCCACGAAGCUGGGAUGAGCGUGCGGCGGGGUCCUUUGUACAUAAUAAUAAUAAAAAGCCUGUCUCA